AGUGAAUAUCAAAAUUAACGUUAAUAAAAUUUAUUGAUUUAAAACGUUUGCAUUUAUUGCUUUUUAAGUUAGUCAUUAUCAUAGGAAAUGAGCGGAUGUCGGAUCGGCGUGACGAAACACGUUCAUGCAAGCACACAGAAACUUUUCAUAUUGCAUUUGAUAUUUUUCACUAUUUUAAUAUAACAUUUUUAUACUUAAUAUUUUUCAAACCAUGUAUCACAUUGUGAUGCCAUAUAACGUAGCAACCUGUCUUACGAUUCUUGCGAAUUACUGUGAUGUCACACAUUUUUCUGAUUUAAACUAAAUUUUCUAUGUGUUCCGAUCAUGUGACGUAAGUUUAAAUUAGCAGUAUUAGCACCAUCGAAUAUUCCUCGCCUCAAAAACUAUACGGGAUGAUGUUUAUUUUACUUUUUUUUUCCUCGAACACACCGCAAAAUUAACUGACCUUUUGUAACACUCUAGUUUAACAUUGAUGCUAUUAUCUUUCAUAAAGAUAAAGUUCAUUAUCGAUAUGCCCGCUUACAAUUGUGUUUACGCCUAUGGCGCUUACGCAAAGUUUUCAAAGUGGGGAAGAAUUGGAAUUUAGCUACUACAUGAUAUGCGUGCAGUAGCUCGAACUGUUAGGUUAUAAAUCGGAAUUGCGAAUUCUCGACAACUUUUCAAUCCGUCUUAUCUGUGUAUACUUAUUUAUAAGUAAAUUUCUAUUGAUAUAAUUGCUCAAGAAAUUAUAUACGAUCGAGGAACCUUUGUCCCGCAGCACGGGACUCAUUAUACUUUAAAAUUUCUAUGUAAAUACACAUUAUUUCUUCAUCGCAGUUCGCGUGCUAGGUUUUGUAACUGAUACGACGUCACAUGAUAAACAUUUUUUGUAAAACGCGACAGUUCAUAGAUAGUGAUCGACAUCAGUCUUCAGUGAGUCGUGUGCGUUAGUCACGUAGACCUUAAUUUACACCAUAUAUCGUGCUCCACAAAUAUUCGGACCUGUCCGCUUUCUUUGUUUUUCAUCGAACAAGAAAAUCAGCGUCAAUCAUGUAUCCACCUGCAUUCCGCUCUGCUCUACGCCGUACGCAGCAGAAAUUGAUUACGACGCGCCGAUUACAUUUACAUGCGUCGCACUUUCGAUACGCCACAGGCCCGCUGACACAAUUUACAGACGACGAACUCAUGACGAAGGAAAUGGUCGCUAAACUAGCCAAGCAGGAGAUCGCUCCGCUGGUACGAAAAAUGGAGAGGGAAGGCAGAAUAGACGAUGGUGUGUUCCAGAAGCUGUUCGAGAACGGCCUGAUGGGUAUUGAGAUUCCGACGGAGUACGGCGGUACGGGGAGCAACUUUAUGAGCACGAUUCUAGCCAUUGAGGAAAUCUCCAAGGUCGACUCGGCAGUGGCUGUGUCCGUCGAUAUCCAAAACACCCUCGUAAACUCAUUGAUUCUUAAGUUCGGAACCGAGGAGCAAAAGCGAAAGUACCUGUCCAGACUGGCCCGGGAUUCCAUAAGUAGUUUCUGCCUGUCGGAACCCGGUUCGGGAUCGGACGCCUUCUCCCUGAGAACCGAAGCGAGAAAGGAGGGCGCCGAGUACGUGAUCAAUGGCACGAAAAUGUGGAUCUCGAAUUCCGACGCGGCGCAGAUCUUCGUGCUUUUCGCCAACGCGGAUCCCGCCGCCGGUUAUCGCGGCAUCACGACCUUCCUCCUGGACCGCGACACGCCUGGUCUGACGGUGGGCAAACCCGAGAGCAAGCUGGGUCUCAAAGCGUCGGGUACUUGCAUGGUGCACUUCGACAACGUUAGAAUACCCGAGGACAAUCUGCUGGGGAAGUUCGGACACGGGUACAGAUACGCGGCCGGGUUUCUCAACGAAGGCAGAAUCGGCAUCGGCGCGCAGAUGAUCGGUCUAGCACAGGGAUGUUUGGACGCGACCAUACCGUACACAUUGGAGAGGAAACAAUUUGGAAAGGACAUUUUCUCCUUCCAGAGCCUGCAGCAUCAAAUAGCCCAAGCGGUAAUGGAAUUGGAAUGCGCCAGGUUGCUCGUUUACAACGCGGCGAGACUGGUGGAAGCUAAGAAGGACGUCAUGAAGGAAGCGGCUAUGGCGAAGCUUUUCGCGUCCGAAACCGCGUGUCGUAUCACCGCAAAAUGCAUAGAUUUCAUGGGAGGCGUCGGUUUUACGACUGACUUUCCCCAAGAAAAAUAUUAUAGGGACGUAAAAAUCGGUACUAUUUACGAAGGUACAAGCAAUAUGCAGUUAUCAACGAUUGCAAAAUGUAUCCGUAAGGAAUAUUCUUAAAUGACGACAAGUACGAUUGUUCCAAAAAUUGUUAUUUAUGUCUUUGUUAAGCAUGUGUAGUUUGUUAUAUUUAUAUUUUU